AAUCCUGGUUUCUAAACUUAUUCAUUAAUGAUUAAGUAAUGUUAUAAUCUUUAAAUCUCUGUCUUAAAGAAGUUUAAGUAGGUAUAAAUUGAACUACAUGUAUAUUUAGUUCAAGAAACACGGUUUUAAAAGCAUGAUUUCAGUUAGUCGAUUAAUCAUGGAUUAAGGCGAAUGCAGAAGUCGACAUUUUUGGAUACUAGUAUUUAACAAAAAAAGAUGGGGACGUCUUAUUCGUGUUUUAAACGCAUACAUGGAUAUGGAUGGUAAAAAUGGGAUAAAAGUUAAAUUAAGUUGUUUUGUGUCGGAUUAUGGCCAAAUCUGAGAAAGGCUCGGAAAAAGAGACUACUGAUAGGGAUGAUAAAGAUACGGCGCCGACGCCCAAAGAAAAAAGACGUCGGGAUAUAUUAUACGGAAAAGGAGAAUAUCGCAUCCUUGGGAAGAAAGGUGAAGGCACCUUCUCAGAGGUGCUGAAAUGCCAAAAUAUAAAAGAUGGCUCAUACUGGGCCUGCAAAAAGAUGAAACAGACUUAUGACAGUUUGGAUCAAGUGAAUAAUCUGAGAGAAAUACAAGCCAUGAGGAGACUGGCAAAUCAUACCAACAUCCUCGAACUCGAGGAAGUCAUUUUUGACAAGAAAAGUGGUACUCUAGUCCUGAUCUGUGAGCUAAUGGAUAUGAAUAUUUAUGAGCUGAUAAGAGGAAAGCGCCACCUGUUGCCAGAUUAUAUGGUGAAGAAGUACAUGUAUCAGCUGUGUAAAUCUGUAGAUCACAUGCAUAGAAAUGGCAUUUUUCACAGGGAUGUUAAACCUGAAAAUAUUCUCAUAAAGGAGGAUUUGUUAAAGUUGGCAGAUUUUGGUUCAUGUCGCAGCAUUUAUUCAAAGCAGCCUUACACAGAAUAUAUCUCGACACGAUGGUACCGAGCGCCAGAGUGUCUUCUCACAGACGGGUAUUACACGUAUAAAAUGGACAUGUGGAGUGUUGGUUGUGUAUUCUUUGAAAUUUUAAGUUUGCAUCCAUUAUUUCCCGGUUCUAAUGAGGUUGACCAGAUUGCCAAAAUACAUGAUAUAAUGGGUACACCAGAACCAAAUGUUCUGAACAAGUUCAAAAAAUCAAGAGGAAUGAAUUUCAAUUUUCCGACAAAGAAGGGUUCAGGUAUUGAACGAUUGUUACCGCAUGCAGGAACAGAUUCUAUAGACUUGAUAAACAAACUGUGUACAUAUGAUCCAGAUGAACGAAUGACAGCAAAACAAGCUCUACGACAUCCUUAUUUUAAGGAACUCAGGGAUAAUGAUAAACGUCAGAUAGCACUAAACAAAUCAAAGAUACUGCAAGAGAAAGAUGACAGUUCCAAUAUCGGGACAAAGUCCGAGACGGAAAAUAGUGUCUCUCCAAAACUGGAGAAAAAGAAAGAUUCCGAGCUCCAUAUUAUCGCAAGUUUGCCCAAACCCCAGUCGUUACCUGCACAUCAAUUGUUCAAAGAUAAACGAAAGGUAUACCAGCGUCGAAGACGUUUAGGUGAACCACACAACACCACUUACAACAGUACACAUUCCAGUUUCUUCCCGAAGGUUCCAAUCCAUGCGAGUACGAUCAAUCCGUCGUAUCAUUCCUCAUCAUUCCCCUCCACGUUCGCUUCUCACAGCACAUCCAAUCAGCUCUCUCUCCUACCCAGCAUCAAUAGUACAUAUAAAUCACAUAAGAACCCUAGUUCAAAGACUAAAAACAUGUUUGGGCACUAUCAGUUGCCAUCUUUAGAUCGCAGAGGUGCAGGAUUUUAACAACUGCUUACAUUUAGGAUUUUAUAAAUUGUGAAACUUUACACAUGUGUGCUACAUAUGUUCAAAUAGUACUGUGAUACUGCAUUUUCUAUAUGUCACAUUCUGUGUAAAUGGAAAAGGUCAGUGCGUGUUAAGAUGUUUUGAAUGUCAAAACUGACAUUGAAAUUGUUUCACUGGAAGUGUGGUUUAUUUUUAUCAUUUAUGUUAAAUAUGUCACCUUGGAACACCGGGGUCAAGAAUACUUGCAAACUGUUGAAGAAUUUGCUUCAUUCGAAAAGUACCUUUAGUUGUGGUAACAAAGAUGGUACAGAAAGGAAAAGAAAACGUUUAAAGAUAUUUUUUGGGUAACAAUAGCAUUUUAAUAUGCAUCAUGUAAUAUAUCUUAAAUUCAAGAAACAUUUUAUUGAAGUUUGAAUCUCUGUAUAUUUUUCUGAUUUUGGACAAUACAUACUGGUACACUG